AUGCGAGGUGUCUUCCUGCAUGUCAUGGGCGAUGCUUUGGGAAAUAUUGGCGUGAUCGUCUCGGCUCUGGUCAUCUGGUUGACAGAUUACGACUGGCGAUUCUAUGUGGAUCCCGGCAUUUCGCUGGUGAUUACUAUCAUCAUCCUCGCCUCGGCCAUCCCCCUCUGCAAAGCUGCUUCCCGCAUCCUUCUCCAGGCCGUCCCGCCCGGUAUGAGUAUCGACCAUAUCAAGGAAGAUAUCGAGCGGCUCCCCGGAGUGAUCGGGUCCCAUCACCUCCACGUGUGGCAAUUGAGCGACACCAAGAUUGUCGCUUCGAUUCAUAUUCAGGUGGACACUGAGAUCAAGGGAGAGGGAUCGGAGAGAUACAUGCGCCUCGCACGGCAAGUGAGAAAAUGUUUGCAUGCUUACGGCAUCCAUUCCUCCACCAUCCAGCCUGAAUUCGCACCGGACAGUGAUGUUGAUGAAUCGACGGCUGCCCCGUCCUAUUCCCGUGCCAGCAGCAGCGACCCGUCAGCCCCCAAUCAUCCGUCUAACCGACCCGCGAGCAUUCGGGAUGGCGAUCCCCAGGCCUGUCUACUUGAAUGUGGCGACGAAUGUAAUAGGGGAGGUCAAUGCUGUCCCACGAAACCCACCUAA